GGCUUCACGGGAAACGUUUUUGAAGGCGGCGCGCCCUCGCUCCCCAAACCUGCCGCAACGACGCCGUUCACCAUCUUCCAGGACAACACGGACAAAGAGAACGGCAGUGUUGCUGCUCCUGCCGCGGUCCAGAAGUCUAAACCAAUCAGAGCUCUGGCUGAGAUCCCGGUGUCCAACAAACCUAAUGACACGCCUCCUGACCUGGCGCCCGACGAGAGCACCAUGUGGGGAGCUCGCUACAACUCCCUGAACUCUCUGGCCGCGUGUCCCAACAGCACCACAGACUUUGCCAUGUUGGCUCAGUUCGUCUCCACGCCGUUCACACACAAAACGGCAGUCGGCGGCAACUUCUUCCCGGACCCAGAAAUCAACGGAGACGUCGAGAGCGAAGCUUUUGUCAGACGCCAGACCAAGAAACUCAGCCCGAUCAUCGAGAAGAGUCCCAUCAACGAGACGCUCUCGGAGACCGCCGUCAGCACACUCGCUCCGUCCUACCAGAGACAAGGCACCAUCGUGGGCGAAGGUCUCGCCUCCGCCCCGUCGUGCCUGACCACCUCCUCCAUCACCAUGGUGCAGCCCCCCCCCGCCGUCCUCUCCUUCAGAGACCAGACCAUCUGUCCCACCGAUUGCUCCACGUCCAGGACCGCAGGACCCGGCUGGGAGGUCUACACGAGCCCGAGCGACUCCUCAGGAACAGCAGUCCUCCGGCCACCUGAGAGUUCAGUCCGACCCGGAAGUGAACCUUUUACGAUCAUGGAGGAUUUAGACAAACCCGCCAGUCCAGAGAGAGUCCAGAAGCAGGUCUACGAUCGUCCCAUGAGCCCGGAGAACGCUCUCAAACCAGAGUGGCCGGCCAUCAGGAGCCCGGAGGUCACAGCGGAGCCGGAUCUGGACGCCUUCCUGAGUCCCCGUCGCCGCAUGGUCCACAACAAGAGCCUGGAUGUCCCCAUGAGUCCAGAGCAGCCGCCGCCACUGUGUGCCGACGUUCCCAUGAGCCCGGCGGUGCAGCGGACGCAGUUCAGCGCAAACGAUGAACCCAUGAUGAGUCCGGACAGAGGGCAGAGAGCGGGUGCCGACGUGACCAUGAAUGCAGCGACGGAGAGGACGGGCUCGGCCCAGCUGGUGUGACCCUGGGACGAUGAGCUGAUCGCCUACCUGCUCUCCACUCUGACCCCUCCUCUCACGUCUCACCCCCGCUGCAUCACCUGGCAGUGCGCCCUCCCCAACAUCUCCCCGAAGAUGACCAUCAGCAUGGGAAAAGCAUCCCUUCGGGUCGACUGCGUCCUCGGAGAAGGAGCGUUUGCGAAGGUCUACCAGGCCACCGACCCCACGACCUCCGAGAAGACGGUGUUAAAGGUUCAGAAGCCGGCCAACCCCUGGGAGUUUUAUAUCAACACCCAGCUGGACGCUCGGCUGCCGCCCACCGCCCGCCACCUUUUCGGCAGCCUGCGCUCCGCCCACCUCUUCAACAACGGGAGCGUGCUGAUCGGGGAGAUCCACAACUACGGCACCCUGCUGAAUGCAGUGAACAUCUUCAAAACGCUGAGCGAUAAGGUGAUGCCUCAGCCGCUCGUCAUCUAUUUCACCGUCUGCAUCCUGCGCAUGGUGGAGACGCUGCACGGCGUCCGCAUCAUCCACGCCGACGUCAAACCCGACAACUUCCUGCUGGGGGAGAGGUUCUUGGAGAACAAAUGUUUUGAGGCGGAGAACGUCGACCACGGCCUCGCUCUGGUCGACCUCGGGCAGAGCAUCGACAUGGAGCUCUUCCCACAAGGCACUGCUUUCACCAGCCGCUGCUUGACGUCGGGGUUCCAGUGCACGGAGAUGCUGAGCGGGAAACCCUGGAACUACCAGACGGAUUACUUCGGGAUAGCGGGGACGGUGCACUGCAUGCUGUUCGGGACGUACAUGCAGGUCAUGAAUGAAGACGGCGUGUGGAAGACAAACGGCAUUUUCAGGAGAAACCCCCACAGCGACAUGUGGCAGGACUUCUUCCACACCCUGCUCAACGUUCUGUACAGAUGUCCAAGACCGACAUCAUUAAACACACACAUCCAAUCAAAUAUAUGGAAGCAACAAUAAGAAAUGAAAGUUAAUUUGACAUAGUGAUUAAAGUUUGGU